UGUGCUCAUUUCAUUUCAGUCGCCACCCUCUCUUUGUAGUAUAAGUAGUGUCAUUCUCCCCUUGCUAACCCUAUACUUCCCUACAUUUCCUCAUUUCUCUCUCUCCUCUCCUCACUGCGGCUAGGGUUUUUUCUCUACUUUGAAGUUUCUCAUAAGAUACCAACAUGGGUAAGGAAAAGAUUCAUAUCAGUUUGGUGGUCAUUGGCCACGUCGAUUCUGGAAAGUCGACCACCACUGGUCACUUGAUUUACAAGCUUGGUGGUAUUGACAAGCGUGUGAUCGAGAGAUUUGAGAAGGAAGCUGCUGAGAUGAACAAGAGGUCCUUCAAGUAUGCCUGGGUGCUUGACAAACUUAAGGCAGAGCGUGAGCGUGGUAUUACCAUUGAUAUUGCCUUGUGGAAGUUUGAGACCAACAAGUACUACUGCACAGUCAUUGAUGCCCCCGGACAUCGUGACUUUAUCAAGAAUAUGAUUACUGGUACCUCCCAGGCUGAUUGUGCUAUCCUCAUUAUUGACUCCACCACUGGAGGUUUUGAGGCUGGUAUCUCCAAGGAUGGUCAAACCCGUGAGCACGCACUUCUUGCCUUCACCCUUGGUGUCAAGCAAAUGAUUUGCUGCUGUAACAAGAUGGAUGCCACCACCCCCAAGUACUCCAAGGCUAGGUACGAGGAAAUCGUGAAGGAAGUCUCUUCAUACCUCAAGAAGGUUGGUUACAACCCAGACAAAAUCCCAUUCGUUCCCAUUUCUGGGUUCGAGGGUGACAACAUGAUUGAGAGGUCCACCAACCUCGACUGGUACAAGGGACCAACCCUUCUUGAGGCCCUUGACUUGAUCAAUGAACCAAAGAGACCCUCAGACAAGCCCCUCCGUCUCCCACUCCAGGAUGUGUACAAGAUUGGAGGUAUUGGAACGGUGCCCGUUGGACGUGUUGAGACUGGUGUUUUGAAGCCUGGUAUGCUUGUUACUUUUGGUCCUACUGGACUGACCACUGAAGUUAAGUCAGUGGAGAUGCACCACGAGUCUCUUCCAGAGGCUCUGCCUGGUGACAAUGUUGGCUUCAACGUCAAGAAUGUUGCUGUCAAGGAUCUCAAGCGUGGUUUUGUGGCUUCUGACUCAAAGAAUGACCCCGCCAAGGAAGCAGCUAACUUCAUUGCUCAGGUCAUCAUCAUGAACCACCCUGGACAGAUCGGAAAUGGUUAUGCCCCAGUGCUUGAUUGCCACACCUCCCACAUUGCUGUUAAGUUUGCUGAGCUUGUGACCAAGAUUGACAGGCGUUCAGGUAAGGAGAUUGAGAAGGAGCCCAAGUUCUUGAAGAAUGGUGAUGCUGGUAUGGUUAAGAUGAUUCCCACCAAACCUAUGGUGGUGGAAACUUUCUCAGAGUACCCACCCCUUGGUCGUUUUGCCGUCAGAGACAUGAGGCAGACUGUUGCUGUUGGUGUCAUCAAGAAUGUUGAGAAGAAGGACCCAACCGGUGCCAAGGUUACCAAGGCAGCCCUCAAGAAGAAGUGAAUGGUUUUGGCUCCGAUUGUUGCUGAUAUUGGUUUCCAUUACAAGUAUUAUACAGACUUGUUUUUUAUUAGUAGUUUUUGUGUGUUUUAUUUGAACUUUUGUUUUCUAUGUCGUAAACUCUUGUCUUCAGCGUCUUCUGGCACUUAUUCUCAGAAUUGGGUGCUGGAUCGACGGUGGCAUGAUUUUGGUCUGCAGUGCUCUGCUUGGUCCUAUGUUGGACGUGUCGGUUUAGUAUUUUGAUGUCAGAUACCCUUUGAGGUUGUUUUCAUGAUGUCAAGUUGCUUUUACCUAUUAUCGAACUAAACUUUGUCAAGUAUUGCCGUUCCUUGUUUAAUGUUAGUAGAUUGUUUCCAAUA